AUGGCACCUCACAACAACCUUUGUACUCUCGUUACCAGCGACCACCCGAUAAGAAUAGAGAAAUUCCUCGAGCGCGCCUCGGCACUAAGUGAAAAUAAAAGGCCUUAUGUGACUAAAGAGAUGAUUAUGAAAAGUGGGGGCGUGAUGGGCGAGCGGGACGGAGCGAUAGGUGCGAGAGGAACGCACGUAGGGUCACGGCGUGAUGUUGGGUCAGCCACUUUUGCACCUCGCCAUAACAACGCGUCUCAAAUUAUUAUGGACGUUUGA